AUGGAAGAGUCGGAGGCGUCCGGGUCUCGCGCUUCGCCCUAUUCCCGAGCAAUGCUGCGAGAGCAGUCCGAAGACACACGAUGGAGAAAGACUAGGGAGCCCAGCGGUAGCAUUACAGAUGCCCCUACCCCCGCCGCAUCAGCAGUCGAAGGAUCAGACUAUCUCUCCGGCUCCACACCAAGCACGCCGGGGGUCAGCGGAUGGAAUACGAGCAAUGCUAGGGCCACGGUCGAAGGUGGUCCGUCUUCCUCGUCUACCUUGUCAUCCGCUACCCCAGCGAGAACGACAAAUCGUAGUGCUGAAGAGGAGGAUGAGGAUGUGCAUAUUGCAGUCAUGGCACUCGGCGCUAUGCGCAACCUCGAUGGGCGAAGGAUGCAGAGUGGUCUGGAGAAAGUGCCCGGUCCUGUUAAUCCAACAGGAGUCGUGGGUAGGCAGCGAGAUGGAAGCAAUGCUUCUAUGUCUGCCUCUUCGAUUACAUCAACAGCCAUCUCUUCCCCCUCUUCGACACCAGCGACUGAGCUCACGCAAGCUUCCGCAAGUACCUCCGGCGGCAGCGUGCAGUCUGCACGCGUGAGCGGCGGUGACGGCAAUUAUACCUUCAGCGGCGGUGACGGACGUCGGCAUAGCAGGUCCUUCUCUGGUGCCGCUACCCUAGCCGAUCUUCCAUCCGACUUUGAAUUUCCAGCUCUAGUGCGGGACGAAAAUGGCAACGAAGUGGAAGUGGACAGGGAAAUGUUGGGGGAUGCAGACUUUCUCAAGAGGGUUAGUCACUUGCCUUUGGUCAGAGGUACCUUGAGGGCGUAUGAGCUUGGCAAGCAGAAGAGCAAGAUCGUCAAGUAUGGAGGUGACCUGGUAGAGUCAUCUGUCAAGGCCAUUUCACGCCCCGUCGUCGGCCGCCUUGGGGCAUCCCUAGGAGAGAAUCGCGUGGAACAGCUGGAUGACUUUGCCUGCCGUCAGCUGGACAGGUUCUACCCCGGCAGCUCCGCUUCCAUGUCCAAGGAGGAGCGACAGAAGCUCAUGGCGGAUCUUGACGAGCGGGAGCGCACGGAGUGGGCGCACAUGGGCGAGGAGGAGCGAGUGAAGAGGCGGCGAGCUUACUGUGCUCUGCAUUUGGAAGAAAAGGAACGAGAGACGGUGGUGAACGAGCUUCGUCAACGAAAGGGCAAGGGCAAAUCGCCUCCACAAGCAUCAGCAACUGCCAAGGAUUCGUCGGCAGAGGCAAGGGACAAGCAAGUCUCACGAUCGAGCGGCUCAUCUGCCUCACCUUCUUCUACAAGUACAGCUCGCAUGCGCAAUGCCGGCCUCGGCAGCGAAGCUCUUUCUCAGACGCAAAUGCAAAAUGCGCUGAUCGAAAGUGUCAAGGCAGGCAACGGAGCCAGCAGCAGUCGAUGGGGCUCGAUGCUCGUGGAAGCCGGUGCCACUGCAGGAGGUCUCAGUGCUGCUAUGAGCGAAGAGAGUAUGAAGAGUCUCAAAUACUGCUUGCAAUGGCUGCAAUACGCCACGGCCCACAUUGAGCAUCAGAUCACCGUUUUGCGAGAUCUCAUCGUCAAGCUCAACCACGGCGAAUUGGAGCUCACCUCUCCUGCUGCCCAGAAUUUGACGCAGAUCAAGGGCGACGUCGUCACGACAAUCCGAUCCGUCGUCGACGUCGUGGGCAAGUACGCCGGUGGUGCUCUCCCCGAGCCGGCUAGAGUCAGCGUCAAAGCCUUCAUCCUCUCUCUACCAGCGAGAUGGGCCAGCGUGAACCGCGCGCCGGCUGUGACGAAUGCCUCGUCCUUUGGCGGCAGCCCAGCUUCUCCAUCCUUUUCCCCCGCCCACUUCAGCUCUAGUGGAGAUGCCUCCUCUCCCGGCGGUCGUGCACGAAGCUCCAGUUCCGCCAGCAAUACCUCUCUUGCCCACCGCAACGGCGGUGCUGCACAGCCGAUGAGCGCAGCUGCGACUGCUCAGGCCGCCAACCGUGUCCUGACGCUGGCAGUCGAGUCCCUCGACAUUCUCCGCUCCGUCACCGUCGUCGUUGGUGAAUCCCUGGAUCGAGCCGAGUUGUGGAUGGAGCGUCUACGCAUGCUUGGUCUACAGCGCAAGAGACAGCACGAGCAAGACACAAUUGGCAAUGGACACAAUGCAAUUGCCUUUUCUGGAUCGGGGUCGGGACCAUUGGGAGGACCCGCCAGUUGGGAGAGCGCAAGAGGAAUGGCUGCACGUGGGCGUGCGGACUCUCUUGGAGGGGAGUCGGACUUGUCCAUGGGCACCUCGGCCUCGACGAAGCGUAGAAGGAUCAAGGCGGGGAGUAGCGCCAUGGUCGCAGGUGGGGGAGGGAGUGGGAGCGGUAGCGGCAGUGCUAGCGCUAGCGCUACUGGCACAGGCGGCGCGGUGGGAUCUCCCAUCGAUCCGACGUUUGCCACACCGUCUGCGCCGGCAGCUAGCUCAGGUCAUGCGGGCUUCAGUGCUGGAAGCGGCAAGAAUGGCACCAGUCAAGUGGCCGGCACAGCGUCUUCUUCAUACGAUCAGUCGCCGGGUCAUGCGAGUGCCAGGAGGAGGAAGGCGGUGGUGGGUGCUGGUCAACGCGCGGGCGAGUAG